AUGAAGCCCUCCAUGUCGAUUUUGGCCAUCAGGCCCGCCUCAACCACAAUCGCAACCGCACCAGCGAUCCGGCCUUUUCUCUGCGCACGACAGUAUGCGACCCAGAACAGCUUAGGCACCACAGCCCAGCCCGGUCCUCGACGUCGCAAGGUCACAGCCUUCAACGAUGAUGGCCGCGUGCCCUGGAAUCAGCUCUCAGCGGGGGAGAAGACAGCUCGCGCGACACAGCAGAGCUUCAACUUUGGCCUCGUCAUUGUGGGAAUUGUGUUAACGGGUGGUGUCACUUAUUUCUUGUGGUCGGACGUCUUCUCACCAGACGGCAAGACCGCACAGUUCAACCGCGCAGUCGACAAGGUUCGCCAAGAUGCCCGCUGUCUCGAGAUUCUCGGUCGCGGCAAGAAAAUAUCUGCUCAUGGAGACGAGACAUUCAACAGCUGGCGCAGGGCGCGACCGGUGUCGUCGAUGAACAGGCAGGACCCAGAUGGCACGGAGCAUCUCCUGAUGCACUUCUACGUACAAGGUCCCAAGGACAACGGAACGGUCCGACUACACAUGUUCAAACGCCCCGACAUGAGCGAGUUCGAGUACAAAUAUCUAUUCCUCGACGUGAAACGGCAUGAAAGGAUAUACUUGGAGAAACAGGACGAGUCCAAGGUAAAGGGCAAGAAGCAGCUGAGCUUUUUCGGUAUCAAAUGGUAG